AUGCACAGUGGAGGGUUUGGCACGCUCCCCACAGAUGUGGAAAUGGUAAAAGUGAUGGGCCGCGUCCGGUUGGGACCCAGUGGACCAAAGGCUUUGAUUCUGAACUUGGCUUUGAGUGUUGAAGGCUUGUACUUUCUUAUGAUUCUGAACUUAAUGGGGGACCAAAAGGGUUCACUGAGUGGAUGGUCCUUCUCUACCAAUUUGGACUUUCGAAUUAAUAUUGGAAUUUGGAUGGAUGCAUUGAAGCUAGGGAAUUUUGAAUUAAACUGCUGCUAUGCUAGCAGAGAAGAAUACGGGAAUGUCUUGCAUAAUAAAGGUUUAGGUUUGAGUCCUGUUGCCGACAAUUCCUCUUAG